UUAUUACUAAGGACCACAUGAGUGAAAGGGGGAACUUUUUUGUAUUACCUCAGUUCUUUGGCUGAGUGAAUCGGUGUUCAACAAGUGUCUGAGUUCUCUAAGAAUCACACUUUCUCAAAGACUAUUUGUUUACUUUACUGUGUAAACAGUUUGCUUACUCCUCAUUGAAACCUUGACGUCGCUGACAAAAGGUAAUGAAAUUUUUUACACGCGCGUGACUUUAAUUACUACGACUAUUAUUCUGCGUAAAUCAGCGUUCGUAUUCUAGGCGGUAAUUUGUUUUAUUUGAACAGGCAAACCCGGCUGCAGGCGACAGAGGCUUCACCUGCACGGGUUUGUUUGAUUUGAUCAUCAAGUAUCCUAACUGGUGUUCAAGAACAUUCACCUUUGUUUAAUCUGGAACUAAAUAGGCCUACGUUUCGAAAUGUAUAGUUUGAUGGAGCAUGAGUUGAAAACUUCUGGACACCCGCAAUCGCACCACAACGGCCAGGGCAUGUCCCCUAUGGCUGGAAACACUCAUACAGGGUCCAAAAACGCGUGUCCACCCGGUGGAGACCCUAUGGAUAAGGUCAAAAGACCUAUGAACGCUUUUAUGGUGUGGUCGCGGGGUCAGCGGCGCAAGAUGGCACAGGAGAACCCCAAGAUGCACAAUUCGGAAAUCAGCAAACGCUUGGGAGCUGAGUGGAAGUUGCUCACGGACGCCGAAAAGAGGCCAUUCAUUGAUGAGGCCAAGCGUCUCCGUGCAGUCCAUAUGAAGGAGUAUCCCGACUACAAGUACAAGCCACGUCGUAAAACCAAGCCUCUGCUUAAGAAGGAUAACCAGAUUGGCAAAUAUCCAUUGUCAGCCGGCAACCUGCUGGCAGCUGCGGCAGCCCAGGGAUCAGGUGGAAGCCCGAGAAUGGACAGUUAUGGCUGGGGACCCGCGGGGGGUUAUGCAGGCAUGCAGGGAGAGGCACUUGGUUAUCCACAGCAACUUCAUCGCUACGAUUUAUCAGCCCUGCAAUACCCGUCCUCUAUGGCAGCCGCUCAAAACUACAUGAAUGGCGUUAAUUCUUACAGCUCCAUGCCCUACAGUAACAGCCCCCAGCAAGGGAGUCCGGUGAUGUCCAUGGUGAAACCAGAGCCCAUUGCUCAUUCUCCAACUGGGGCCCCAAACCACCACCGUGGCCCUCUCCAGGGGGACCUGAGGGACAUGAUCAGCAUGUACAUCCCCAGUGGCGACACAAGUGACCAUAAUGCCCAGAGAGGCUACUCCAGUGUACAGCAGCACUAUCUUGGGGGAACUGUGCCACUCACUCAUAUCUAACGAACACUGCAAAGAGAAGACAUGUCCACAGGACACCUUCCGGAGGCCAGGUCUGCACUCCCCGUCUUCCAAUCACAAAGACCACCCGCCUCCUUAUUAACAACGCUAGUGAACAGUGACUGAGAUGGGCUAAAGAGCUACCUCCUCUCUCUCCAGUCUAUGGUUUGUUCUUCACGCUGCUGUUGGUGUCCAGUCAUGUGUUGUGGACUGGCCCUCUCUGAGUCCCACUGUUUUAAGAAUGCUGCUUGGUGAUACUCUCUUGACGUCUUGCCAUGUAUGAAGGUCUGGUUUACAUAAUGUUUUUAUGUGAUUUUAUAAGUGUGUGUGUGUGUGUCUUUGUUUGUGUGUGUGAGAAAGAGAGACAGACAGAGGGAGAGUGCAUGUGUACCAUGCUCCUUUUAAAUACACAUACACAAUUCCCUUUUUACGUAGUUUAAAAAUCUUGAAAUUCCACAAUGUACCCUUGUACGUUCUGGCAACGCAAAUGGUUGUUUGUACAGAUCAAGGUAGAUUGUCCCAUAAACAUGUUGGCACAAAUGUCUUUUAAAUGACAUUUAAGACAUUGAUUAACCAGAGAUCUGAUGCGCUGUAAUCGAUCAAAUUGACCACAUGGACACUGAAAGUUUGGUCUGAAGUCAGUGUCAUUCAAAUAAAGUCUGUAAUUUGUAUUUUUAAGGCAUUUAGGAAGAGACCCACAAUUUAAUCACCUGAAGCCUUUCUUAUUGUUCACUACAUUGAACUGCUGAUAUUCGGUGAGAUUAUUGAAAGGUUAUUUUAAUUUUAACGCGACCAGAAUUAUCUACUAUGGUUUUAUUUUGAAAAUGUGCAUGCUCAGAUCUGUAUAGCACUACAGUGGAAUCCUAUGGGUUUCUUUAGUGGACACUGGCAUAUCUUGCCAAGACACUGUGAUCACUCCAAAUAGACUUGCCAUGGUGUUUCCCCGUAAAUGUUUGUGGUGUGCCCUUUUUUUUUUUUUUUUUUUUAACCUACUGGCCACAUUUGUAAACAGAGUGCUUAGAUUUUUACUGUUGCAUUCUUUUGCACAUUGUGUAUCUUUUGUAAAGUGAG